AUGGCGACCAGCUUCUCUUACUCGAGCGCUCCCCUCAAGAGGGUUGAGGAGGUCCAGUUUGGAAUUAUGAGUCCGGAAGAGAUCAAAGCCAUGAGUGUCGCCAAAAUCGAGUACCCCGAAACGUUUGACGAAUCGAAUACUCGCCCACGUAUCGGAGGUCUUCUUGACCCGCGUCUCGGAACAAUCGACCGUCAGUUCAAGUGUCAGACUUGCGAUGGAGAGCAAAACGACUGCCCAGGACAUUUUGGUCACAUCGAACUCGCCCGCCCCGUCUUUCACAUCGGUUUCCUUAAGCAUAUCAAGAAAAUCCUUGAAUGUGUAUGCUACAACUGCGGGAAAUUGAAGGUUGACGAAGACGAUGACAAAGUUAAGCACCUGCGGAAAGCAAAGUAUAUCCCGCCUGCAGCACGUUUGUCCAUCAUUCACGCCGCGGCGAAGGGCAAGAUGGUUUGCGCGGCAAACCCGCCCGCCGAGGAAGUCAACAACGCCGAUGGUACUAGGAAAAUUGGCCACGGUGGUUGUGGUAACCCCCAGCCAACCAUUCGUAGGGAUGGUCUGAGGUUGGUUGGUACCUGGAAGAAGGCGAAGGAUGCUGAGGGCGCACCUGCUGACAAAAAGAUUCUGACUCCGCUCGAGAUUCAGAAUGUCUUCAAGCAUAUCUCGUCAGAGGAUCUCGCGUUUAUGGGACUCAGUGAGGGAUACGCUCGCCCUGACUGGAUGAUCAUUAGCAUUUUGCCUGUCCCUCCUCCACAGGUUCGACCCAGUAUUGAUCAGGGCACGGGUGUGAGGAACAAUGAUGACUUGACCCACAAGCUCUCUGAUAUCAUCAAAGCGAAUUCAAGUUUGCGCCGAUGUGAACAGGAGGGUGCCCCGGCGCACGUCGUUAACGAAUUUGCUGAUUUGCUUCAAUAUCACGUUGCUACGUACAUGGACAACGAUAUUGCUGGCCAGCCCCAAGCAUUGCAGAAGGGAGGCCGUCCUAUCAAGGCUAUCCGUGCGCGUCUGAAGGGUAAGGAGGGGCGUCUUCGUGGUAACCUCAUGGGUAAACGUGUGGACUUCUCUGCGCGUACUGUCAUUACUGGUGACCCAAAUUUGGGCUUGGAUGAGCUUGGUGUUCCGAGAAGUAUUGCGAAGACGCUAACGUAUCCUGAACGUGUGACGCCUUACAACAUCAAGAAACUCACCGAGCUGGUACGAAAUGGUCCAACUGAGCAUCCUGGUGCAAAGUUCGUCAUUCGUGAAUCUGGUGACCGUAUGGAUUUGCGAUUCAACAAGACCGCUGGGUCGAUCGCUCUCCACUACGGUGAUAUUGUCGAGCGUCACAUCAACGAUGGAGAUGUUGUGUUGUUCAAUCGUCAACCAUCGUUGCACAAAAUGUCUAUGAUGUGUCACAAGAUCAAGGUCAUGCCCUAUUCAACUUUCCGUUUGAAUCUUUCCGUUACAACGCCAUACAACGCUGAUUUCGACGGUGACGAAAUGAACAUGCACGUACCUCAAUCAGAGGAGACACGUGCUGAGUUGGGUGGCAUUUGCUGGGUUCCCAGGCAGAUCGUGUCUCCUCAAUCGAACAAGCCUGUAAUGGGUAUUGUGCAGGAUACUCUUUGUGGUGUUAGAAAGCUCACUUUGAGGGACGAGAUGUUGAGUAAGGAUGCGGUUAUGAACAUCUUGCUUCAUGUUCCUGAAUGGGACGGGUAUAUGCCUCCACCAGCUAUUAUGAAGCCGAAGCCCAUGUGGACCGGUAAGCAGAUUUUGUCCAAGGCUAUCCCGAAGGGCAUUAAUUUGUCGCGUGAGGACGGCAAGGAUUACAAUCCGCUCAGUGACGCAGGUAUGCUUAUUAUGGAUGGUGAAAUUAUCUACGGUGUCGUGGACAAGAAGACUGUCGGUGCUACUCCGGGUGGUUUGGUGCACAUCAUCAUGCGUGAAAAGGGGCCCGAAGUAUGUCGCGAUUUCUUCAACGGCAUUCAACGUGUCACCAAUUACUGGUUCCUCCACAACGGGUUCUCGAUUGGUAUUGGUGACACCAUCGCCGAUCCCAAAACCAUGCAGAGUAUCAAUGAGACAAUCGCGGCUGCGAAGGACAGGGUCACUGCAAUCAUCAACGAUGCUCAUCUCAACAGGCUUAAACCCGAUGCUGGUAUGACUUUGCGCAUUACCUUUGAAUCGAAGGUUUCGAAAGAGUUGAACGAAGCUCGUGAUACAGUCGGAAAGAACGCUGAGGCCAGUUUGAAAAAGUCGAAUGCAGUUAAACAGAUGGUAUCUGCCGGAUCUAAAGGUUCCUUCAUUAACAUCUCCCAGAUGUCUGCUUGUGUCGGUCAGCAGAUGGUCGAAGGUGCUCGUGUACCUUUUGGUUUCCAGUACCGUUCAUUACCGCACUUUGCCAAGGACGAUUACAGCCCCGAGUCCCGUGGAUUUGUUGAAAACUCGUAUCUUCGUGGAUUGACUCCUCAGGAAUUCUUUUUCCACGCCAUGGCUGGUCGUGAGGGUCUUAUUGAUACAGCUGUCAAGACCGCUGAAACUGGUUAUAUCCAGCGUCGUCUUGUCAAGGCCCUCGAAGAUGUCAUGGUUCAAUACGACGGUACUGUACGAAACUCUUUGGGUGACAUCAUCCAGUUUGCAUACGGUGAAGAUGGGCUUGAUGGUGUUGAGGUGGAGGGUCAGUCGAUUGACCUUAUCACAAUGAGUGAUGCAGAGUUCGAGAAGCGUUACAGCUUCACUGAGGCUGAAGGUCAGAAAUUGGAACACCCUAAGCAUCUGGAGCAUGGUAUCACGAUUUGGGAUGACCUUGAGUACCUUGACAAGGAGUUCAAUGAACUGAAGGAGGAGCGUGAGUUCUUAAGGAGCUUUGCGUUCCCUGGUUCUGACAACGCCGGCGUUGUGCUUCCCGUUAACAUCAACCGUCUUAUUGAGAACGCGCUGCAGGAGUUUGGCAUUACCCGCCUGACACCGAUUGAUAUCACUCCUCGUUAUGUGUAUGAAGGUGUUUCAACGUUGUUGGAGAAGUUGACAGUCUUCAGGGGUGAAGAUGAGAUCACGAGAACUGCUGACUACAAUGCCACCAAAUUGUUCAAGAUCAUGGUCAGGUGCAGGCUGGCUAGCAAGGUCGUCAUUGGCAAGCAUCUUACCAAGCAAGCCUUUGACUGGGUUUGCGGUGAAGUUGAGAAGCAUUUCGCGCACGCCAUCGUGAACCCUGGAGAAAUGGUCGGAACACUGGCCGCUCAAUCCAUUGGUGAACCGGCAACCCAGAUGACGUUGAACACUUUCCACUACGCUGGUGUGUCUUCUAAGAACGUUACCCUUGGUGUGCCUCGUUUGAAGGAAGUGUUGAACGUUGCGGAGAACCUGAAGACGCCUACGCUUACUGUCUAUCUGGAUAAAGAGCAUCGUGAGAAGCAGGAGAUGGCUAAGCUUGUCCAGGCUGCUAUUGCGCAUACUACGCUCAGGUCCAUCACUUCGUCCGUGGAGAUUAUCUAUGAUCCCGACCCGAAGGAGACCGUUAUUAAGGAAGAUAAGGAGUUCGUGGAGUCUUACUGGGAAAUUCCUGAUGACGAGGCUGAGGCUAAUCUGCCACGCAUGUCACCUUGGACUUUGCGUAUUUUGCUUGACCGUGCAAGUCUGCUCGACAAGGAAAUGACUAUGGAAGAGGUGGCAAGUAGACUGGGCCAGGAACAUGGCAAGUCACUUUUCCUUAUGUGGCAGCAGGACAACGCUGAUUAUCUCGUUAUCCGCGCGCGUCUUCUCCGGGGCGAUGACGACGACAAGGAUGAGGCUACUUUCGAGGAGGAGACUUUCCUUCAACGGAUGGCCGAGCUUAUGCUCGACCAAACUACAUUGCGUGGUGUGCCUGGUAUCGACCGUGUCUUCAUGAGUGAACAAGACAGGUCUAUUAUCAACGCGGCAGGUGCCUAUGAAAAGCAGAAAGAAUGGACACUCGACACGGUUGGUCUUAACCUUUCUGAUGUCAUGCAGCUCGAUCAUGUGGAUUGUCAGCGGAUCUAUUCCAACUCAUUUGUUGAGAUCAACCAGGUCUUUGGUAUUGAAGCAUGCAGAGCUGCCUUGCAUCGUGAAUUGGAAAAGGUUCUUUCUUUCGAUGGUGCCUAUGUCAACUACCGUCAUUUGGCGCUCUUGUGUGACAUCAUGACCUACCGUGGACGUAUUAUGCCUAUCUCUCGUUUCGGUAUCAACCGUGCAGAGACUGGUGCGCUGAUGAGAUCGUCUUUCGAAGAGACUGUGGAAAUCUUGAACGAGGCUGCCGCCCAUGGGGAGAGGGAUGACUGCAGGGGUGUUUCUGAAAAUAUCAUGCUCGGACAACUUGCCCCUAUGGGUACUGGAGAGUUCGACGUGCUUCUUGAUGAAGAGCUGCUUGCCCAGUUUGCCGUUUCAAACAAUAUCACCAUGACUGCUGACGGCAUUGCUGGCAAGACGCCGAUGUAUGGAGACGCAACGCCCUAUGACAACAGGUCUCCUGUGUACGAUACGGGUUACUUGAGUCCCUCAGGUGAUGGGAAUGCUGCAUUCUCUCCGUUGGCAGUGUCGGGUGCGUCGGUGCCUGCCGGGUUUUCCGAGUACGGAGGCGGCUUCGGCGCUCAGAGUCCAUACGGCGCCGGUAUUCAGAGCCCCGCUUUCUCAGCGCAAAGCCCCUUCUCCGGAAUCAGCCCUUCAUCCCCUGGUUACUCACCGUCGUCUCCUGCCUACAGCCCUACCUCUCCUGGGUAUUCGCCUGCGUCUCCGGCAUACAGUCCUACUUCGCCUGCCUACAGUCCCACGAGUCCGGCAUACUCUCCGACGUCACCAGGGUACAGCCCGACGUCUCCGCAGUAUUCGCCGACUUCACCUUCUUACUCUCCCACCUCGCCGCAGUACAGCCCUACAAGCCCCCAGUACUCGCCGACAUCCCCGCAGUAUAGCCCUACGAGUCCCCAGUACUCUCCUACGUCGCCGCAAUACAGCCCGACGAGUCCUCAGUAUUCCCCGACGUCACCGCAGUACUCGCCGACUUCCCCUCAAUACUCUCCCACGAGUCCCCAGUACUCGCCGACGUCGCCGCAGUACUCUCCAACGAGUCCUCAAUACUCGCCGACGAGUCCUACCUAUUCCCCCACGUCUCCUCAGUACAGUCCCACGAGUCCUCAGUACUCUCCCACCUCACCUACCUACAGUCCCAACCAGCAGCAGCAGUGAGGGCUCUGAUGGGUUAUAAAGACAAAGGUCUGCGUGUGGUUUCUUCUUUCUUGGUUAUGUUUCAAGCUUGGUGUUUGUGUUUCGUGGAAGUCGACUUCCCUUAUAACGGUAUUCUCAUAGCCGUCUUGGAGUGUUUAUGCGAGGGAGGCAUCUUAAAAAGGAAAAAGUAGUAGCAGAAAUUGUACGAAUAGAUAAUGAAGUU